GUUUAUUGAUGUUCUUCGUGGCGACGUAUUCGUUGCUGGGCUAUUAUUUAUUUUCAGAGCACGUAGAUAAUGGACACUUCAAAACCAUCAGUGAUUCAUUUGUCAGUAUGUUCGUCUUGCUGACUACUGCCAAUUUCCCAGAUGUGAUGAUGCCUUCGUAUGCUAAGUCAAAGUGGUACGCUUUGUUCUUCAUCUUGUAUAUUAUUACAGUCCUCUAUGUUCUUAUGAAUUUGAUGUUGGCGGUGGUUUACGAGACGUUCACGCGCAUCGAACGCGAGAAGUGCCGCGCGUUGCUCCUGCACCGGCGCCGCGCCGCUCGCCACGCCUUCCGCCUGCUGGUGUCGCGCCGCGCGCCGCUCGCCGUGCGCCUGCGACACUUCGCCGGCCUCAUGAGGCACUAUGCGCCGCACUACUGUGAGUACCGGCGCCAAGGGGGUGGGGGGGGGGUUGAAAAAUGGCAAUUGUCUCACGUAAUUUAUGGACGCCCCCUUAGACAGCCCUUCUCCGAGUAUCUGAUCUACGCCCUAAUCAUCGGCAACGGCGUGUCCAUGGUGUUGCGGGUGUGUGAAGCGGCCGGCAACCUGCAGGACAGCGCGAGGCUACUCUGCGCCUCAUGGGACACAUGGCUGUUCUUGUCACUGUUCCUGGUGGAGGCAGGACUACGGAUGGCAGCAUCAGGGCUGACCGCGUACCUGGAAAGCGGCUGGAACGUCUUCGACCUAAGUGUCACUUUACUUGCACUGGUGGGCGCUGUCAUGCUGACUGUAGCGCCUGGACUCUUCAUCGUCGUCAUAUUUAGGCCGCUUAGACUGAUGCGCCUGUACAAGCUGAAGAAGCGCUACCGCGACGUGUUCGGCACUCUGGUACUGCUGUCGCCGCUGAUGUCGUCUGCUGGCUGCGUGAUGCUGGUGGUGUACUACUUCUUCGCCAUCAUCGGCAUGGAGCUGUUCUCGCAGUACAACCUGCGGAACUGCUGCGCGAACACGACGGUGGAAGACUUCUACAAGUUCUCGGCAAACGGUUCCACAGCGCUCGGGUACUACUACCUGAACAACUUUGACAACAUCGUCACGAGCGGCGUGACUCUCUUCGAGCUGACGGUGGUCAACAACUGGUUCAUACUCAUGAACGCUUACGCUACGGUUGCUGGACAGUUCAGCAGGAUCUAUUUUAUG